AUGGCCUCUCUAAGCACAGCAAAGAAGGAGAUGAGGAGUAGGGUCAAGAAGAUCCUCGCUGGCGUCUCUGCAGAGUCAGUUAUAUCUCAAUCUUCUCUUGCCACUGAACGCCUUCUCUCGCUGCCAGAAUAUCAGUCAGCGAGGCGUGUUAGCGUCUACCUAUCCAUGCCGGCCGCGGAGAUGAUGACAGGAGACAUAGUACGGGAUGCCUUCAGCCGUGGCAAACAGGUCUUUGUGCCGUACAUCUACAAGCAGCAGGCUGCGCCAGGCAGUGCUGAAACGAAGCCGUCGUCGAUCAUGGAGAUGCUGGCUCUUCGUUCAAUUGAGGAUUACGAGUCUCUACAGCCUGACGGAUGGGGCAUUCCUACGUUGGACGCUGGCUCUUUGUCCAGCAGGGAGAACUGCCUGGGUGGGGUCGGUUUACUGGGCGAAGACGGCGCCUUAAAGGAUGAAAAUUGCGGUUUAGAUUUCAUGGUCGUGCCCGGGAUGGCCUUUGACCACGGCAUGAGGAGAUUGGGACACGGAAAGGGGUAUUAUGACCGCUUUAUCAACAGAUACCGGAAUAAUAACAUUGCUCAGCAGGCAGGAAAGGUUCAGAUGCCAUAUCUCGCCGCGUUAUGUCUAGCCGAGCAAGUUCUCCAACCACCAGAGGAGGUGCCUGUGGGAGAGUACGACAAUCUCGUCAACAGCCUGGUCGUAGGUGACGGACGGGUCGUGAGAAGCUGA